AUGGCGUCAAACGGGAGCAGCUCACCGUCUCCUGUACCACACAGGCGACAGUCUGCCAAGAAGUCGGCGCUCAACGUGGCCUCGCGGGUGCUGGAAGCGACCAGCACCUUUGCUGAGUAUGCCGAGCGGCGUCAUGAGCUCUUGGCAGCUAUCAAUGACGGACUAGAGGAUCAUGUGCGUAUAAUGGAGGAACGGGCGAAACAGGCUGUCGCCCACGCAUCAGCAGUGGCUGAAGCUAGCAGGGCUCAGGAGACGGAGUGCCUGGAGUACAUUGAGGGACUGGAGGUCAGAAUCAGGAGCUUGCAGCGGACCAAGCGGGAAUGUGCGGCGGAGUUAAAUGCCUUUCGAGCAGCACUCACAACAGACCGCCAGGGCCUAGAGGAGGAGCUUCACGAUUUGCAUCGGGCUGUAGCGGAGGCGCAUCGACAGAAGCUACUCGCCCAAGAAGAGCAGGAGCACUACGAGAUGUUGCGCGACGCCGCAAAGCGACGCUACGAACUGGCCGAGACUCACCUGGAGAACUUCACAGCGAAGGUCGAGCACCGCUUCCAGGAGGCUGUCGCAUCUCUCCAGGCAUCGGUGCAAGAGCGGAAACGGUGGGCAGAUGAACAGUGCGCCCUUAAUGAGAAGCGUGUGCACGAGGCUUCAUGGCGAGCGGAGCAGAGCCACUUCGGCGACUUUCCUUGUGAUGCCCCCGAGGAGGCCGUGAGGGCUUCCUCUGUGAAGUUUGCCACGCCAUGCGCAGCGGUAGUGGAGCCGACAUGCAUGCACCAGCUGGAGCGGGACGUCGCGGCGCUCGGAGCAUCUGCGGCGAGUCGAUUGCAACUCAUCGUGGAGCAGCAGAACGCAGCCGAAAAUCGACUCGAUAGACCUUCACUCCACAUCACUGGAGAGGGCUGCGACUCGAUUAGCGCGUUGUGUCAUACUUCUGCGCAGGCGGUGUCAGGGGAUGAGAACGAGAUCUGGAAGGGAAAGCAGCGGGACACCUUCGACAGUGUUUCCGCCUCCGAUGUGAUAUGCCCGCUCAGCGCUUCAGAAGUGGUGGUGAAGCACACGCUGAUGGAAGUGUGUACUAAGGCUGCCUCAGCUUCGCCAACCACAAGCGCAAAGGCUCCUGCGCGCCCUCACGAAUCUUCUUCAAGAGCAGCGGCACCCCUUCGUAUCGCUACCGCCACUCCCUCUGUAAGCUGGAGUGCGCCAUCGCCAAUUACCCAAAAGGUACUGCUCUCUGCUUCAGUACGGAAGUCCUCGUUGCUGGAGUCGUCUCCUCCGCAGAGUGCACGUGCGGCAUCCCCAGAACGCCGGCUUAUCGAUGAUCUCCCGUGCAGCACAGAUGCCUUUGCGACCGUCUUUACUCCUCGCAAGUGUUAG